AUGCCGUUACACAAUCAAUAUACAAAUGCAGAGCUGCCAUAUCUUUCAUUAAAAACUCAUUGUGGUUUAACUGUGAAGGACAUUUUGCAACUUGUUGGUUCAUCAAUACUUCCACUGAUGUUAGGAAUCUUUACGGUAAUAAUCACUUUACAUCAACAAACGAUUACUACUCAACAACGUCUUGAAGAUCGAAAAUUAGCUAAAGAACAGCGAGAACAAGACUUGAAUAUAUCACGUGAGCAACGUUUGCAAGAUUUAAACAUGCUUGCCAUUCAGCGAGAACACGAUUUAAAUAUUUCACGUGAACAACGUCAACUGGACAAAGACAUUGCCGAAGCAAAACGCAUUCAAGAUGAUUUAAUAGCUGAAAAACAACGAAAUAUGUCAGAACAACAACGAGCUCAUGAACUUAACAUUGCUCAAGAACAAUUGCGUGACUCUGUACUUGUCACUUAUAUGAAUGAUAUUGGUUUACUA